AUAAGCAGCUGCGUCCUUUGGUGUGGAAGGCAUUGUGCAGGUUAUUACUUCCAGAAGUGAAGUGCUUCCAAACAAACUUAAAACUUAAUGUGAAACAGGUGGAUUUCACUUUUGACAAUGGCUGUUGCCUGAUAGUUUGGCAGUGAAUCAUGUCCCCUCACCUUGCCUCCCACAUUUUAUAUAUAAUAGUUUUUUGCAGUUUUCUAUUCCAGUCUCAGCCACAUGCAGUGGUGUGGAAAAGCCAUUGUUUGCAAAGCAUUCAGCAGUAUUUGUGUUUGGUUUGAUUAAGCAUCCAUUCUCCUUUUGUGUACACGAUUUAUACUUUCUGUGACCAAUUCCAUUUGUGCACACAGCAGCACAAAUAAAUCUGUAGGACACCUUUUUGCAGUGGAAUUGUUCCAGAAUGUUUAGCACUUGUACAAUAACCACUACUUUUGUCCAACUGUUUUUAAAUGGUCCUUAAUAUACGUGGUAAAAUUGAAUGUAUCUGAAAGCAUCUCCAGUUCCUGAGGCUGUUUUUCAGAGAGGGUCAAUGUAAAUGUUGGUGUUUUACUGCAAUUUCUUAUUUGUGUGAGAAAGGAAAUAAUGUGUCUGAAGUCACUCGACAGACUGGUGACUGUGAGCAAAAUUGAACAUACCUCUGGUGUUUGAUUUUCACUACAUCAUUCUUACUGUAGUGGCUGAACUAUUCUAGGCUGAGUUCAGUAAAUCCUUGUGUAAGCAUCUCCAUUUAGAAAUAUGGGAUUGAAUCAGUCUAUUUCCAGCACUUAGGUGUUUCCUUCCCCCUUGCAGCAGGACAAGAAAUUCAUAGUGAGAGUUGGGCAGUGCAUGUGAUUUCUAAUAUAUAGGAAAUCUUUGCAAUUCUUCAAAAGAGAUGAGCUUCUGUAGAAAGGAUUGAGGAAGAAAUUUCAGAUUUUCUAGAAGAAAAUGAAAAAAAUCUUCAAGAACUCAAAGCCUAAUACUUGUGUGAUAAAAUAGGUCUGACUGGGAGAUGACUUCUCUGUACAGGAAUUCCUUGGAACAGAGGGUUUUAUAUGAACCUCUCCCAAACAUUUGUCAUUCUGAUUCUAACCAUCUACUUUUUUUGCGUUGGGAUGCAGUUCACUGUGGCUUGGGCAUGUCAUUUCUUUUUAUAAGUGAUUUAAUAAUACUCAUUGCGUUAUUCUGGAUUGUGUUUUCCAUUCAUCUCAGCCUCUUGCCUUUUGUUUUGUUUUUAACUGAAGCUGUCCUGAGAAAACUGUACUGAUGUGUCCCCAGGGAAUAAUUUCCUUUUAAUUCUAAACCUGUUGGAGGUUUUGAGAAAUUUUAAAAAUCUGCUACUGGCCCAGUUGAUGGUUGAAUUGCAAAACAUAGUGGAAAGAUGAAAAAAUUCCUAACAAGUGUGCUGGGUUACUGCUUCCACUAGUGUUCCAAUUUGAAACAGAAAUAUAAAGGGGCAAUAUGUAACUUGAUAUUCUUAAGAGGCUGGCAAUUCAGUGCAAAUUAUUGGUUUAAUGGAGCACUGAAAUAAAAGGACAAUGAAGUGGCCUCUGGAGCCAGUCAGAUUGAUGUUUGUAUUGAAGUCUGUUUGGGGUUUUUUUGCUGUUUUCCAGGGCUGCUUUGUUUUUAAACCAACUACCAAGAAGAGAAGAUUGUCUGAGAAAAAAGCUCAUGAUUUCAGAAGCACAAGUGAUGAUUCAGAGGAUACUGAGCUACGGUUUGUCACUUGUCAGUCUUUAUGGAACCAGGUCAAAUCCGAAACACAGCGGAUACAGGAAGACUUGAAUAAGCAGCUGCUUGAGAAUCUGGUGAGUUUUUUGAGCAGGUCUCAUUCUGACUUUCAAGAGAAGACAACAGAAUGGACUUGCAGGAUGAAGUUCAGAGAAAUCCCUACUGCAGCUCUUGUCUUAGGUGUAAAUGUUACAGAUCAUGACUUGACUUUCAGAGGUCUCUCAGAUGUCCUUCAGGAUAACAUUACUCCUUAUGUAGCCUUGCUGGAAGCCAAAGAUUGCCCAGGCAUAAAAAAUCUGAUGCAGAAGCUGAUGGGGCAGCUGAUGAACUGUGAUAUAGAUGUGGACUCACUGGAAGAUGAGAACUGUGUGCAGGUUUCACAGAAUAAAAUACGUUGUUCAAUGUCUUCUCUUACCAGCUGGUAUGAGAGUGUAACAAAGAAAACAGAUUCUGAAACUCCAAGCAAAAAAAGAAAUUCCUCCUCUAGACAUUGGCAGUCUCCUCCAGUUGUAGUAAUAUUCAAAGACAUGGAAAGUUUCACCACAAAAGUUCUUCAAGACUUCAUAGUCAUCAGCAGUCAGCAUAUCCAUGAAUUACCUCUAGUGCUGAUUUUUGGAAUCGCUACAUCACCAAUGAUUAUCCACAGACUACUUCCUCACUCGGUUUCCUCUCUGUUGUGCAUAGAGCUUUUCCAGUCCCUUUCCUGUAAGGAGCACCUGUCUACUAUAAUUGAUAAGCUGCUUCUGACAUCCCGGUUUCCCUUUAAACUCGGAGAAAAAGUUCUGCAGGUUCUCAUCAACAUAUUCCUGUACCAUGACUUUUCUGUCCAGAAUUUUAUCAAAGGAUUUCAGCUCUGUAUUGUGGAGCACUUCUAUUCCCAGCCCCUCAGUGUACUGUGUUGCCAACUAGCAGAUAUUAAGAAGAGAGCUUAUUCUUUAUCACAUGAACAGUGUGAAAACAUUCGGAGACUGCCCUCUUUUAGAAGGUAUGUGGAAAAGCAAGAGUCAGGGAAACAGGUUGCGCUGCUGACAAAUGACUGCUUCUUAAAGGAAGAAACAGAGAAGUUGCUGGAGGACUUACAUGUUUACCAUGAAAAUUAUGUUUCAAUUCUGAGAUGUCUUCAUGUUUUCACAUCUUCUCUUCCAAAGUAUCCUUUGGGCAAGCAGAUCAGGGAGUUGCACUGUGCUUGUUUGGAAAACCGAGUGUGGGAGACAAAGGAGUAUGAGUCAUCUCUUCAACUAGCAAGGAUGUUGAAUAAGACUGAUUUGGUAACCAUGCUCCAACAAUGUGUGGAAAUUUUGAUGUCAUCUUCUGGAAAGGAGUUUGAUAAGGCAGCAGAAAAGUUGAAGGAGUUCUUGACCCAGUUUCAGAAUCUAGAAGUAGCAGAAGCUUCCCAAGAACGAGAUGUGUCCGUAUCGUCACAAAAGGAGCUCCAGAAGAAGACAGACCUUUAUCACCUUCAGAAGACUUUGUUGGAGUUGAAGGAAUCAAGGAGGUCUAAGAAACUGACGAAGUUUGAAAUGCUUCGUUUUGAAGUUGUUGACUAUAUAGACAGUCUUGUAAGAAAAUACCUUGUUCCUGCAGAUGACAGGACCCUGCAUGAGAUUGUGUAUUUCAACACUACCACUGUUCUCCGAGGCCACUUGAAUGCUGCCCCCAGGACUGCACUGCACACAGCUUUAAAUAACCCACACUGGUACCUGAAGAAUCAAGCUUUGAAAUGUGAUGGAGGAGGCAUUUCUAAUAAAGCCCCUGAUAUAUGCAUAGUGUAUAAGCUUCAUUUGGAAUGUGGCAGAUUAAUCAAUCUCGUUGAUUGGUUAGAGGCUUUCUCAACUGUGGUGACGGCAGCCGAGGAACCAAACGCAGAUGCAGCUUCGUCAGACCAGGUGGAUGAUACUAUCCACGCUCGCUUUAUUCGAGCUGUUUCUGAACUGGAGCUCCUGGGCUUCAUAAAGCCCAGCAAGCAGAAAACUGACCACGUGGCAAGGCUGACAUGGGGAGGCUGUUAAUGUGCCACCAAGGUGCCAAUAAACCUUCCCGACAGAGCAAGGGCUGUGUUCCCACUACACCAUUCCUCACUAACUUUGCAUACUGAGUCAAAGUCAGCAGUGCCUGAAUGUUGUGAGAUACAUUGUGAGUGCCUGGACAGGCUUGAAUAGGGAUGUUAUUUUUUAAUGCUCAUCUUCCCUGUGUAAUGUUCUGCUUUACCAAUGUUCAUGUUCCAAAUACUGUAUUGUUGUGUCAGUUUCAAUCUUCUUUGCUGUGAUAUUUAACAGUCCACUGAUAAAACUCAGGCUAGCAAGCCAAAAGGACAACACUGGCUCUGUCAGCCACAAAAGUGAUGAAACAGUAUUAUUAACAUCCUUAUAAGCUGGUGGGAUUUGAGUCAUUAUUAUAAAAUGCCUCCUCGAUCCUUGAACUAGAUUUAAAAAUAAAUAAAACAAGUAUGCUAAAGAAGACAAUGAACUUCCA